CGACGCGUCUCAGAUGGAGCACCGCAUCGUGAUCAUAUGGCGCCGCGAGCCCACGCGCAUUCAGUACGAGUGGCUUAACGAGACGUGGCCCGUUUGUGCGCACACGCACUGCACGGAGGAAUAUCCCGCCGAUCCCGCGCACAGGGAAGAAGUAAUACAGUAUCAAGAGCGUCUAAACGAGACGAAGCGAGCGCUGGAGCAACUUAUAAAGAGACUUCUAAAACCCACAGAAGUGCUGGCGUACGAAGCACAUGUUCAGGAACUCGUAGACGAAGCGGGUAGAAGCGCUCUGGGCGCGUUCGCAGCGCGCAUGUGCGAGUGGGCGGAGCGCUCGCUGCUCGCGCUGCGCUCGCACCACGCGCUGUCCGCGCUGUCCGUGCUCGCCACCGUCGCUCUCGUGCUCGCCGCCGGGUACCUCAUGGCGUACCUCAUUCGUGUCGAAGAAGAAUCGGUGCAGCGUAACAAGGACGAGAGGAAGAAACAAAAUGGCCUCAAGAAGAACAACAACGAACCGCAGCCCGAGAUGCGGCUCCACGAACUCAGGGCCGAGAAAUACAAUGGAUUAGUCAGGUUGUUAAAACCGGGCUGCCGGACAAUAGUACUACUGGUGGACAUGCAAAGCCGGGUGCAGUUGCUAUCCAAGUUCCACAAGAUCGUGUGGCCGUAUCGCAAGAACAAGACGCUACUCUUCGCGUACCUGAUGGUGGAGCGCAACAUCGAGUGGUUCCGGCGCGUACUACAGCUGUCGCUGGGCGGCGGCGAGCUUCGAGUCAACGCGCGGAACUGCGUCGGCACCGUGCUCGCGCUCAACCCGCACCGCAAGCACUUCAGCAUCUACCACGCCAAGCACCCCGAGUGCGCCAAGCCGCACAAGGUACCUCCCGCGUCAACGCACUGCGUCGGCUCCGUGCUCGCGCUCAACCCGCACCGCAAGCACUUCAGCAUCUACCACGCCAAGCACCCCGAGUGCGCCAAGCCGCACAAGGUACCUCCCGCGUCAACGCACUGCGUCGGCUCCGUGCUCGCGCUCAACCCGCACCGCAAGCACUUCAGCAUCUACCACGCCAAGCACCCCGAGUGCGCCAAGCCGCACAAGGUACCUCCCGCGUCAACGCACUGCGUCGGCUCCGUGCUCGCGCUCAACCCGCACCGCAAGCACUUCAGCAUCUACCACGCCAAGCACCCCGAGUGCGCCAAGCCGCACAAGGUACCUCCCGCGUCAACGCACUGCGUCGGCUCCGUGCUCGCGCUCAACCCGCACCGCAAGCACUUCAGCAUCUACCACGCCAAGCACCCCGAGUGCGCCAAGCCGCACAAGGUACCUCCCGCGUCAACGCACUGCGUCGGCUCCGUGCUCGCGCUCAACCCGCACCGCAAGCACUUCAGCAUCUACCACGCCAAGCACCCCGAGUGCGCCAAGCCGCACAAGGUACCUCCCGCGUCAACGCACUGCGUCGGCUCCGUGCUCGCGCUCAACCCGCACCGCAAGCACUUCAGCAUCUACCACGCCAAGCACCCCGAGUGCGCCAAGCCGCACAAGGUACCUCCCGCGUCAACGCACUGCGUCGGCUCCGUGCUCGCGCUCAACCCGCACCGCAAGCACUUCAGCAUCUACCACGCCAAGCACCCCGAGUGCGCCAAGCCGCACAAGGUACCUCCCGCGUCAACGCACUGCGUCGGCUCCGUGCUCGCGCUCAACCCGCACCGCAAGCACUUCAGCAUCUACCACGCCAAGCACCCCGAGUGCGCCAAGCCGCACAAGGUACCUCCCGCGUCAACGCACUGCGUCGGCUCCGUGCUCGCGCUCAACCCGCACCGCAAGCACUUCAGCAUCUACCACGCCAAGCACCCCGAGUGCGCCAAGCCGCACAAGCGCAUGUCCCGCAUGACGCGGUCGCUGGGCGGCGGCUGCGAGGACCCCGAGGCCGGCGCCUUCAUCGGCUUCCACACCGAGCCCGACUCCUCCUCCUGCGACGAGGCGCCCGACCCGCCCGUGCUGCUGCAAGAGAACCUUCUAGACGGGCUGGAGAACUGGCUGGACCGCUUAUUCGAGGGCAGCACACACCGCUACUACGUCAACUACUGGCCCGACAUGACGACCAAAUGAGCGCGUGCGCAUCAACGCACGGUCACUCUCGCUCGCAGGAGAAGACGGUUGGCGAUUCGAUUUGGACCCAAAAUAGGUUUGUUGUUAUAAUUUUAACGUAGUUAGAGGGACAUCAGUAUUGUAGUGGGAUAUGGUCAACGUAAAAAUAACGUUUUGAUUGCAAAAGGUUCACUCAGCAAAUUUUUUCAGAUCUAUCAAAUAACUUGUGGACUCGGUGGGUAGUCAAAUUAUACGAAUAUGAAUGCAGGCCAUUUACUAGCUGCAAUGAAAAGCUGUAGUUGCCUAAUAAGUACUAUCGUACGCCCAUUUACUCUUCUACUUCGCGUUGCUAAAUCUUUCUAUUCGACAGCAGUUUCGAAUAAGUUUAAUUAAAACCUAACCUAAUUGAACGCGUUUCUCUUGAACCUGGAUAUCGGGCUAGUGGCAUUUGCGGCAGAAUAUUACUUUUCGUUUACGUGAACGAUAUCUGAGUGCAAGCGAAACGCUAUGCCAAUAUGUCUAUGGAAAACUGGAUAGUUAUUUUUGUGCUGUCCGUUUGUAUGUGUUCCAAAUUAACCUUGGGUUGCACCACAAACGUCAAAAAUCUGUCAAACUUCAUACAAAAACACCGGUAAUAGUUACGGUUAAAGUUAAAGUGCAACUUAGGCUAAGAGUUUGUAAAUAACGAGAAUUAGAUCUUUUGUAUUAUCGUAGUAUUAUCCUUCAUUUAUGGGUCUAAAUUGAAUUGUAAUUAGUUAAAAGGUUCUGAAUCUUUAUUUCACUCGUUAUCAAGCAUUGUACUGCCCAGUUUACGUCUUAAGAAAUCCAUUGUUUUCGUGUGUCUCUUGUUCGUUAUUAAGGCGUCUGUUGUAUUUUAUAAUUGUU